AUGGCAUUUCUGUAUAAUAUGGGACCAGGAAACUACUCAGUUGUAACAGAGUUCAUUCUCGUGGGGCUGACGGAAGAUGCUACAAUCCGUGCCAUCCUGUUUGUUGUGUUUCUAAUAAUCUAUUCUUUCACCUUGAUGGGCAACUUGAGCAUCAUCAUGUUAAUAAGAGGCAGUCCUCAGCUUCACACCCCCAUGUACCUUUUCCUCAGCCAUUUGGCUUUUGUAGACAUUGGGUACUCCUCAUCAGUCACACCCGUUAUGCUGAGGGGAUUUCUCAUUAAGGAAACAUUUAUACUUGUUGCUGGUUGUGUGGCUCAACUCUGUUUUGUUGUGACAUUUGGGUCAGCUGAGUGCUUCCUGCUGGCUGCCAUGGCCUAUGACCGCUAUGUGGCCAUCUGUUCCCCUCUGCUCUACUCCACACAGAUGUCCUCCACAGUCUGCACCCUCCUAGUGGGCGCUUCCUACGUAGGUGGAUGUGUGAAUGCUUGGACAUUUACUGGCUGUUUAUUAAAUCUGUCCUUCUGUGGACCAAAUAAAGUUAAUCACUUUUUCUGUGACUAUUCACCCCUUCUGAAGCUUUCUUGUUCUCAUGAUUUUUCUUCUGAAGUCAUUCCAGCAAUUUCUUCAGGCUCCAUCAUUGUGGUCACUGUAUUCAUCAUUGCUCUGUCUUAUGUCUACAUCCUUGUCUCUAUCUUGAAGAUGCGCUCCCCUGAGGGCCGCCAUAAGGCCUUCUCCACCUGCACCUCCCACCUCACUGCAGUCACUCUGUUCUAUGGGACCAUCACCUUCAUCUAUGUGAUGCCCAAGUCCAGCUAUUCCACAGACCAGAACAAGGUGGUGUCUGUGUUCUACACUGUGGUGAUCCCCAUGUUGAACCCCCUCAUCUACAGCCUCAGAAACAAGGAUGUUAAAGAUGCCAUGAAAAAACUGGUGGCUAAUACUCAUUGGUAG